AUGGCUCCCAACUUGACCGUCCACGUCAAGAACAUCUCGGCUAGCACCGAUGACAAGGAGAUCAAGGACUUCUUCAGCUUCUGCGGCAAGAUCACAGAUCUCAAGGUCACCAGCGCUGCCGACAACACCAAGGAGGCCACUGUCGUCUUCGAGAAGGAGACAGCCGCCAAGACAGCUCAGCUGUUGAACAACACCCAGCUUUCCGGCAACCAGAUCACUGUCACGCCCGAGCAUGACUCGGAAGACACCGGCCCUACUACCAACGCCGAGCGAGACUCUGAUGAGAUCACCCAGGAGGAGAAGCCCCGCAGCCGCAUCCUCGCCGAGUAUCUUGCCCAUGGCUACGUAGUUGGCGACGUCGCUCUGCAACGCGCCAUUGAGCUGGACCAGAAGCACGGCGUGACAAAUCGCUUCGUCACCACCCUGCAGGGCCUGGACAGCAAGUACCACGCCACCGACAGGGCCAAGGCCGCCGACCAGUCGUAUGGCAUCACCCAGCGCGCCGGCACCAUGUUCGGCGGACUCAGCUCCUACUUCGAGAAGGCGACUAACACCCCUACCGGCAAGAAGCUGGUCAACUUUUACACUCAGGGCCAGCGCCAGGUCCAGGACAUCCACGCUGAGGCCCGCCGCCUGGCAGAGCUGAAGAAGGACGAGCACGGUGGAAGCGCAUACAAGGCAUCUGGGCUUGAGCGCGUCUUCGGCAAGGAGAAGGAGCAGGAGAAGUCUGCCGGCCUCGACGGCGCCAGUGAGUACACCCCUACUACCACACAAGACGGCACCCAAACGUGCGGCUGCAACGGCCAGAGCAAGGUUUGCGGCUGUUCAGAAGGCAAGUGUGCCUGCGGCAGCUGUGCCAAAGCCAAGCAAAACGUUCAAACUUGCGACUGCUCUGGCGAUAAGGCUCAGUGCAAGUCUUCCGCUUCUGGUGUUCCCCAACCCGGUCCCAAGGCCGGAACCACAGAAUCCACCCCCAUUGCACCAACGGGCGAUGCUAUCCCUUCCAAAGCCCCUGGUUCCGAGAAGUCAUAA